CCAAAUGAUUUGAGUUAGCUCAAAGAUCAUGUCAAAUAUUGACUGGCACCGAAAUUGUCCAUUUUCUUCGACUUCUUAGAAACUUCCAGUCCUUGAAAACGUUUUUUCUUCAUUUAAAAUGGCAUCACUGCUAAAUGAGGACAAAGAUUAAAGCUUAUGUAGCGAAAGUGACUUUUCAUCCUCAUCUCGGUAAAAAAAAGCCCAGAUUCUAAAAUUUGUGGCCUCUACUCAAGCAAGCCGUUCGCAUCUCAACCCUCCCCCAUCCAUUUUCGGCCCAGCCUUCUCUCUUUCAUCAUGUAGACUGUGGCCGGGACGGGAGAGAAUCCGACAAUCUUAAGAUCCACCUUCACUCCUGUCUUUGUUCAUUCUUGGUAGCCUUCUAUCCUUAAACCCGUUGAUUCCUCCUGCCCUGGCUGGUGGGUCUGGGCAUCUUGGAUUGUCAGGAUGAAUGCUCGCUCGCAGAAUUUCGAGAUCUCAUUGGAGCCCCGUCAGUUGGAAGAGGCCGUGUUGUCCCUGUUCCACUCGGUCUUGUUCCAUCGGACUGUGGGCAAGUUCCAUUACACCAAUGAAAGCAGUUUCACAAUUGGUAAUUUGGGGUUUGAGGAUGUGGAUUGCGAUUUCAUCGAUCACACAUACUUGAAAGCUCAAUCCGUGGGAUUGGAUCGAGCAUUAAAGCAAGAGGUGGCCGCUUUUUCCUCAGACCUCAAACGAGAGGGCGUCAACUCGGGUCAAGUGUCGCUGGAGUUCUAUCAGAAGCGGCCCAAGUUAUUCAUGGCAGCCGAUUGCAUCCCUUGGGAGGUGUGGACCCUCCGCACCGAGUUGGUCAACUUCACCUCCGAGCAAGAUCGUCAACGGUGGAGUGAGAAAGUGGGCGAGAUCCUGUCCGAGAAGGUCCGCUACAUCGCCGAGGUCAUGAAUCGCAACGACUUCGUCCCCAAGAUGACCACUCAAGACUAUUUGGACCUCAUCUUUGAUACGCGUUACCCGGAUUGUCAGCCCUAUUUGUUCAAGGUGUCUUACACCACGGCUGGACCGGGACAUCCCUCCUCGGUGGGUCACACGUUCAGACGACUCAUCAAGGACACUUUGGCCAUUUAGAUUGGGUGCAAAAUGAAUGGCUGAUGAGAAAGGGCGUUUCUCUAGGAAUGACUUGAACCCACCACAAAUUCACUCAGCUCUUGAACGGUGAGAUUGACUUCACCUGAAACUUUCCGCCGAAAUACAAUCGUACUAUGUACAAGAAUCAAAA